AUGACAGUGAAGUUGGGCGACGGCGGCGGGGAGGACCGGCGCAAGAAGCUGGGCAAGCGCGCGGCCGAGGAGGACUCCCUGGAAGGAGAGGGCGCCGGCGGAGGGGACGCGGCCGAGGAGACCAGCGGCACAAAGGAGGCUCAGCAGCCCCUCAGCAGCGGCAGCGCCGGCCGCCCGGGGCCCCCGGCCCCCUGCGCGCCGCAGGGCUCCCCCCAGGACCAGCACCACUUCCUCAGGUCCAGCGUGAGGCCGCAGAGCAAGAGGCCCAGGAAGGACACCUCCUGCGCAGGUGGUGGCAGUGGCAGCGCCGGGGCCCGGGGCAAAGGAGCCGACAGCGGGGGAGCAGCAUCGGGAAAUGGGCCUGGGGCUGCCCCAGCUGCUCCUGCAGGGGGCUCACGGCCCUCCUCCCGGAGCUUGGGCUCUUCAGGGCCCGAGAAGGAGGAAGGCAAGAAGGUGCGGCGCCAGUGGGAGUCCUGGAGCACAGAGGACAAGAACACUUUUUUUGAGGGGCUGUACGAGCACGGGAAGGACUUUGAGGCGAUCCAGAACAACAUCGCCCUGAAGUACAGGAAGAAGGGCAAGCCCACGAGCAUGGUCAAGAACAAGGAGCAGGUCCGCCACUUCUACUACCGCACCUGGCACAAGAUCACCAAGUACAUUGACUUCGACAAUGUGUUCUCCCGAGGGCUGAAGAAGUCGUCCCAGGAGCUCUACGGGCUCAUCUGCUACGGCGAGCUGCGCAAGAAGAUCGGGGGCUGCAUGGACGACAAGAAUGCCACGAAGCUGAAUGAGCUCAUCCAGGCCGGGGCCACCACAGUCCGAUACAGAGGCCGCAACCUGCGCAUCAAGGCCCCCAUGUGCCGAGCCCUGAAGAAGCUCUGUGACCCGGAUGGCCUGAGCGAUGAGGAGGACCAGAAGCCUGUGCGCCUGCCCCUGAAGGUGCCCGUGGAGCUACAGCCUCGCAACAACCACGCAUGGGCUCGAGUGCAGAGCCUUGCCCAGAACCCACGGCUCAGGAUGAUCGUGGAGCUGCACCGCAAGGUCUCCAGCCUCAUCGAGUUCCUGAAGCAGAAGUGGGCACUCCACGAAGUGCGGGUCCGCAAGACGCUGGAGGAGCGGCAGCUACAGGAGCCCUGUGGUGCCCUGGCUGAGCAGGGGCAUGCCCAGGAGAGCUUGACCCUGCAUUUGUUCCCCGGGGAGAACUGCACUGUGACGCCGCUGCCAGGCGUGGCGCGUGUGGUGCACUCCAAGGCCUUCUGCACCGUGCACUGGCAGGAGAGUGGCCGCUGCAGGCAGAGCACCCGUGACAUCCACACGCUGCCACCCGCCCAGAUUCUGGGCAUUCAGAGUGGCCAGGGCACAGCCCGUGGCCAGGUCAAGUGCCCCCGGGGCACCAGCGAAGGCAAGGCCAGUGGACGGCCUCCCCCGACAGCCGACGCCUCGCAGAGCUCCGGGGAGAGCUCCCCUGAGAGUGUCCCCGGGGAGGGUGCCACCCCGAGCCUGAGCAGCCCCGGUGCUCCCGAUAGACCUCCUGGCUUGGACAGCCUCUCCUGCGCGCCAGGCUCCGUGCCCGCAGAGCCGUGCGUCUGUGGCCAGCCCCCGGACCUGGGCUCCGUGCCCGCAGAGCCGUGCGUCUGUGGCCAGCCCCCGGACCUGGGCGAGGAGCUCUCCCUGCUCGAUCCCUUUCCCCGCUACAUCAAGUCCUGCCAGCACCUCAUCAUCCCUGACAGGUGCCGCUGUGUUGACUCGGGGGGCGCGGCCGAGCCCCCUCCCCCUGAGGGCCGCACCUCCCCUGAGCCCCCCGCCCCGAGUGCCCCAGAGGCCAUGGACCUGGCUCGGGGCCCAUCCCCACCCCAGCUGGAGCAGCCCCUGAGCCAGGGCCCCGGGUUGCAGCCUGACAGCAGCGGCGGCCAUGGUGGCAGCAGCAGCAGUGCCAAAGACCUGGCUGAGGUGCCCACUGAGGAGCCCGCUGAGAAGGGCAGCACACCGGACGCCACGCCCCCCCAGGGGCAGCCCACGAGCCGGCUGGCCCAGCAAGUGCGCGAAGAGGGCUGGAACCUGCAGACAUCCGAGAGCCUCACGUUGGCCGAGGUCUACCUCAUGCUGGGCAAGCCCACCAAGCUGCAGCUGGAGUACGACUGGCUUGCCGAACAGAGCCCCAGCCCGCUGGCCGAGCCUGCCGCCCGCCACAAACAGCGCCUCCUGAGCUGCCUGCUAAAGCUCAUCGCCACCGAGGUUCCGGACGUGAACGCCAUCUCCACAGCCUCUGCGAAGCCAGUCCAGGAGGAGCAGCCGCUGCCCCCUGCCGGGAAGGUGGUUGCCGUCAGCUCGAGGAGCCCCCGCUGUCCCCGUGGCAAGGCCUUCUCUCCACAUGCUACACCUUGCUCCUCAGGUCUGAGGAACCUCCCAAGGCCCCUCCUGGUGGCUGGCCCAUCCAGCACAGGGAGCAGUGAUGCCGACGGGGCCCUCUUCGCUGUCCCCACGACUCUGCCACCCAACAGCCGGCACGGGAAGCUCUUUUCACCCAGCAAGGAGGCUGAGCUGACCAUCCGCCAGCACCUGAACUCGAUGCCGGCGGACUUCUUCCUGCCCAAGUCUCGUAAGCUGCAGAAACGGCACCUUCGGAAACCGUUGGUGGUCCAGAGGACGUUGCUGCCUCGACCGUCUGAGAGCCAGGCCCACAACGUGUGCUCCUUCUCCGUCCUGUCCAAUUCCUCCGUCACAGGGAGAGGCGCGUUCCGGCCCAUCCAAUCCUCUCUGACCAAAGCAACUCUGUCCAGGCCGAUUGUGCCCAAGGCCCUCCCACCCCAGGCCACCAACCACCUGGCCAGUGCUAUUGACCUAGUGGCCAAGAGUGCUGGCAUCAUUCCCGGGAGCCCCCUCCCAGUCCUGGACACCGAUGCUCUGUCUGGCAUCUCCCCGCUGGCCCCCGACACUGUGACUACAGCUGUUGCCAGCCCAGACUCUGCUGGCGCCCCUCAGAAUGGACGUCCUGUCUCCACUAUGGGUGGGACGAGUAGUCCCUUCAUCAGCGUCCCCUCAAGGUUGGAGCCCGAGCCUGAGCCCGAGCCAGUGGCCGCCGCCUUCCAGGGCUCCUCAGUCCUCUCCUUGCCUGAGCUGCCCAAAAUGCCGCUCCACAAUGGCCUCUCGGCACCACCUCCCUCCUCAGAAGGUUCAAGCCCACGACUCUCUCCACCCAAUGUGUCUGCGCUGUUGGACCUCUCCCUGCCAGGGCCACCGGAGGACAUGCUCUCGCAGGGCGAGCCCGCCACACAGUUCAGCGACUCCAUCAUCGAGAUCGCCAUUAGCUCCGGCCAGUAUGGUGAAGGCGUCUCCCUUUCUCCAGCAAAACUGAAUGGUGGUGACAGCUCCAAGAGUCUCCCUUCUCCGUCCAGCAGUCCCCAGCCCAGCUGGAUUGCCUCCCCCCCUCACGACCCCCAGUGGUGCCCCAGUGACUCCACCGACUCUUCCCUCAGCAGCCUCUUCGCAAGCUUCAUCUCUCCUGAGAAGAGCCGUAAGAUGCUGCCGACUCCUGCCGGGACCAACAGCGGCACAUCUCUGCUGGGCCCCAGCUUGCUGGAUGGGAACUCUCGGGACUCCUUUGUGUCCAGGUCCCUGGCCGAUGUGGCAGAGGUUGUGGACUCCCAGCUGGUGUGCAUGAUGAAUGAGAACAGCAUCGACUACAUCUCCCGCUUCAACGACCUGGCCCAAGAACUGUCCUUCACUGAGCCAAGCCGCCGGGAGGCCCUGUUUGAUGGAGGCGGGCCCCCCAUUGGCGACCUGUCACAGUGAUUACUUGGACUACCGCAGAGGAGGGUUCUUAGAACUGGUGGCCCUCAGCUACUAGGGGGUGGGGGGUGGCCGCUUUAAAUGAGAGAAUACAGUCUUCAGACACAGGUCCCCUCCAGAGGACUUCCAGACUCAGAGCACCCCCGAGGUGCACGUAACUAGCUGGCUGGGCGUGGUGCUCUGAUGGCAGGGCAGCCUGAGAAGAGGAGCAGUGCUCCGGAAGGCUGGAGACGAACAUCAUGGCCUCGGGGCCAAGUGUUGGGGUCAGCCAAGCAAUGACGUUUCGUCGUGGUGCUAGGGUUUCCGUGGGCUGCCCUCUGCGCGCAGGCCUGCCUCUGUAGCCACUGCAUCCUGGAGGGGGCUCCACCACUGCUGCUUCCUCCCUCUACCACUCUAGUCACCGACAGUGGGGCCAGAGCUCAGAGCAGCCUGAGGGGCAGCAGAAGCAGUGCGGUCACCGGGAGUCGUGGUCCUGGCCUGAUGCUUCCCCAACUAAAGGUCGUACUCGGACUCAUGUCGCAGGCAGGUUGCACAGACUUGGGAGCCACCUGAGCGGGCCGCUUAGACUAAAGAGCGGGGCCCUGCUUCAGCUGCCUGCCUUGCCGUGUCCAUCAACAGGUGUCUCCCAGGUGACCUGAGGCUGUCAGGUGACUGAGCAUUCAGUAGACUAGAUGAGCUGCCCUGAGUUCUUCAACUUCAGGCACGGGUUUCUUGGGCUUCCGAGAACAGGUCCCCUUCUCUUCAUUAGUUCACCCUGCUCUUUGCCAUUGGUGUGGGGUAUGAUGUAAGCCCUCCUGUGUUUCUGUUCCCACAGUUCUGGGUGCGGGCAGCACCAUGUCCCUUUGAUGGCCUCCUGGAGACCCCUGGGUGAGAGACCAGUGGUGACUCCUGCGGAUGGUUGAGCAGCUAGUCUCUCCCCACAUGGGGCCCAAGCAGGAGAGGCCCUGCCCUGCCACAGCCAGGAGCCAUUGGUGUGCUGGCAGGUUACCAUGUUACUUGCUGCAUCACUCUCCGUCAGCAGCCAGGAUGGGUUUGCCCUUUUCGACCUCCCUGCACCUGCCACGUCUCUGUUCCCUUCCCCGCACCCCUGCCCACAGAGCACCCGUCCUCAGGGUCAGCCUGGCCUCUCCACUCUUAGCCGCCCUGCUCUUCCUCAGUGGAGAAGUGAGCCGUGAGCACCGGAGCAUCGGGGUCUUCCAUAUGUCUUAGCAGAAGUGGUUUUGAUCCGUGGUCUCUCUCCAUCUCCAGUGACAGUGGCCUCUUGACAACUGUGCCCUUCCAUGUGACAAGUUUCUCCCAGAGCCUGGAAGAUGGCUUUCUUCCUUCAAGUCUGGUUCUUGGCACAAAGGUCACGGACAAAAGCCCGUGCCGGCCAGUCUUCCGGCUCCUGAGAAACCACUGUCAAUGUUCCCAAAAUGCAGAGGACAGGAACACAGUGUCGCUUUUUAAAGAUGCACAGAGCAGUGUUAGAACCAGAGUAUCUCAACUAGCUUGGGUCCCAUUCUGGUCUCUGUUUGAUCAGUUUCCAUAAACGAGCACUUUACUGAGCUAAGCCAGAUUCGAGGAUCCCUGGGGUUCUGGGUGUGCUGGGUCUUCAGUAGACAGGGCACUCAGCUGAGCUUAGACCUCUGAUGCUCUUCACACUCCCAUUGCCUCACAUCCAAGCCAACAACAGCCAGGAUCCUGAGACAGGCUUAGCCAGUAACACCUAAAGGGAGGGAAGUUCUGGCACUUGGGAUCAGGUUUGGGGCUCCUCGCUGAGCAGCAUCUCUAGCACAGACUCCAGUUGGGAGUGGCUGCCUGCAGCUGGCACCAUCCAGGGGCAGGUAGGUUGGGGAGGAGGGUGGAUUGAAACCUCUGCCACAAAGCUGACCUGGUACUGGACGGGGAUGAGCAAGCAUGCUUCUAAGUAAAGGGGAAACGGUUUUAUCUGGAGUAGAAAACCUAGUGUGAUUUCCCCCAGCCUCAAUAAGUACCUAUGUAAAAACCGUAAGAAGUGGGGAUUUUCCGAAGAACUGGGCAGCGGUGUCUCUCCCUUCCUUCAUUCUGCUGCUUUCCCAACAGAAGUUGUCAUGGUCUCAGAAUGAGCCUAUUGGCUCUUUUAAUGGUUUAUCUGAGCAGAUUGAGAUGGAGUUGAUCUCUGUUCCGUACAUCAUUCCUUAAAGUCAGUCGAUUGUUUUCUGGAAGCUUUGCAGAUUCAUCCUUUGGAAAGAUUGAGACUGAAUGAUCUCAGGUCUCGGGACAGGGGGUGGGGUGGGAGUGUGGCCUUGACUCCUUCUUGUGAUUCUGGUGAUAGGGUGCUGCCUUUUAGAAGCUGUGGGGCUUCUGUUGAUUUCUCCCCGGAGCAUCGUGAGGAUGUUCUUUCUCUCUACAUACCUUGUACACAUUGAGGACCUGCUCAGGGGGUGGGAACAUUUGCUCAGUUGAUCUGCUUGCUUUCGCACAUCCCCAGGCCCUCAGCAUCCAAAUCCCACCCUAUAUCGUUCUCUGCCCGACUUGAGUUACUUUACAGUUCAGUGACACGUCUGAGUAUCCCGAUCAUGCGCUGUUGAAUUCAGACGUUCUGCAGAGUUGCCCUAGGAUAUAAGAUGCUGGAAAUGUGAGGAUGGUGACAGCAAUUUUUUAAAAAAAUUAUUUUUAUAAACAUUCAAAUCUAGCAGAUGUGUUUAUGGGGCAAAUAUGACACUUAAUUUCUUAUGGGAAAAAAAGGCUGAGGGCAGAAAGCCACAGCCAGGCUUUGUUUCCUGCCUGGGCUCUCCUCAUGUCGCAGCAGUUUGUAAAGCAUGUUAUCUAAGUCAAGACUCGGCCAUACGACCACCACCUGGUCCGUCCUUUGGGACCAGGAUGGCUGGCCAGGGAACUCAUGGUUUGAGCAGCGGAAUUUAUUGCUGUUUCUUUUAAUAAUAGUUAAGCCAUAUCAUCUAAGGUUUUGGGCUUGUUUGAGAUGUGAAUUUGUUUUAUAGAUUAUAAAUAUACAUAUACAGUGUAUGUACAAAGCAGAAUGCCUGUCCUUCCUGAUUAUUUUUUGUAUCAUAUUGUAAAUUAUAUUAUUUAUUCUUUGCCAAUUUUGGGAAUUAAAAGGUGUUUUGGUUAUUUAAUAUAAUAAAAACUGUUACACUUCUUAUGUUUAAAUUUCCAGUUCAACUUGUAAAUCUGUUUUUAUUGUGCAUAAAUACAUACUAAUACUUGAUCUAA